AGCAGCUAAUUCAAUCCCACCUCUUGACUCUCUCUUCUGCUUCCUCACAACAACCUCACUACACCCCAGUCGACAGCAACAUAUAUUGCCAAAAUGGCGGUCGGAGCGCGCAUUGCCAGCGGCUUUUUCAAUGGAAUCUUUCGAAAAAACGCCGUCUUCCUGACGACAGUCUUCGCUGGUGCUUUCGCAUUCGAGAUGGCCUUCGACACAACUACAGAUGCUCUGUGGGACAGCUGGAACAAAGGGCGGCAAUGGAAAGAUAUCAAGCACAAAUAUAUGACCGUUGCCGAAGAUGAAGAAUAAGAAGCCCAACAGCUUGGCCGACGAAGAGACAUGGCAACGAAGAGCAUAGAAUCAAUUGGACGGAGUCGCGGAUCGUCGUUCUAUGGCAAGAGAUUCCAUUCGCGCUGUAUAUAAGUACGAUGCACCAAAAUCAAAGCAAUUUCCUACAA